AUGGGCACCUCGAAUGCACAGCUGAUGGCCAACACUUUGCUGUUCAUGCUGGGCGGCGAGGAGGCAAUUCCUUACAUUGACUUUGGAACCUACAACUUUCUGGACUUCAUCUUCGAGGAUGGCCAAAUAAGCUACUACAAUGCAGUUAACUACUCCGUGACGACCUGCUCGCAGAACUCUACGGGUCUCACCGUGCAGGAACAGGGAUGCAAGGAUGUCUACGCCGCAGAGCUCGCCAAGGCGCCCACGCCCAGCGCAAAUCGUGUACGCGUGACCAUGGCCAUCUCCUUUUUUUGGGAGCGAGCACGCUCCAUCAUGGACAUUGUUGAGGCGGAUGUCGCAUGGAAGGAGGCUCGGGUUGGCUAUGUGGUCCAGAUAGUUGCCUGGUAUUUGGUCUGCCAGAACAUCAAGUUCUACCUAUGCCCCAGAACAGAGCUGAAGAGUGAUACGGAAGAUGAAACCUUCGCCAAGUUCACCAGCGAGAUGGAGUCAGUCCUGGAUGGCAUGGAGACGACUUGUGCGCCGACAGGCCGCGCGGGCACGGGUUUUGGCUGCGUGGUGGCCACCAACUCCUUCACCGAAACCACUGGGCCCUUGCUGAGUGCUUUUACCCGCUUCAACCAACAAGUCCUAGACUCCAUGGCUUCGCGCGCGACUCCCACUUUCCGUUCUUUGGACGUCUUCGAGGUCGGAGCUUCGAUGCCUCGAGAGACAAUCGCAGGUCAUGGCUCUCAGGUUUUGCAUCUCUGGGUUUGGACUAUGAUCCUUGGAGGCUGGUGCCCUGCAAGCUACCAGGCAGAGGCAUGGAUGGUGAAUUUUCGCGGUGCACUCUGCUGGGCAGGCAACGCUGAUCCAUCUCUGUGCCCACGUGUCUCUUAUGGGAAUGAUUGGCACUGCAUUAACAGCAUCCCGUGCAUCAUGGAGCCCGUCGAUGCCAUUGUUACCACACCGGCUCCUAGCAAGUCCCUUGUGACUUUCAAGGUUGGCAUGCAAGAGCAGGCCGUGUCCCCUGCUGGUGUACAUGUGGCAGGAAGUUUCCAAGGUUGGGAUCCAAAAGCAACGAAACUGUCAGACCUGGACCAAGAUGGCACAUAUGAAGUGACCUUGGCCCUGACUCCUGGGUUCUAUGAGUUCAAGUUCAUCAAUGGCGACUCUUGGGAUUCUGUGGAAUAUGUGCCAGCAGACUGUCAGGAGGCAGGUUCAGGCCACUCAAACCGGUUCUUAGCUGUCGACAGCAGCGCUUCAAGUUCAGCCAUGCACGUGUGCUUCAGCGGCUGUGCACCUUGCCCCGCCGCGUCCACUCUUGCAGCGACCACAACCGUGGAGCCCUUGACUGUGACCAUCACAACGGAGACCAUCACUAGGACUUUAAGCACCACAGAGCUCAGCAGCACGGUGAGCUCAAGUCCCGAGUACCGAUUUGUCCCGAUUGAUGGGGGGGUUGGACGAGCUUGCCGUGGAAGCAGUCCUGGAGAUAACCACCCCAACCACUACGCAGUCUUUUCCGAUGUUGUUGACCUCUCUGACUGCAAGGCCAAAUGCGAGUCAUCCAACGCUUGCGUGGGAAUCGAGUACAGUGCAGGGCGCUGUGAGGUGUGGACGCGGAGUGGCGGAAUUCAGGCCAGCAUCAGUCUCACUGGCUUUGUGUGCUUGGGCUACACCAUGCUGACAACCA